AUGUGUGCCACUGGUAAGGUCUCAUGGUACUUCUAUGAAAGUUCACUUUCUCAGUUGAAUGUUUGUGGACAGGCUCCUCUAAACACUCGUAUUGUGGGCGGUGUGAACGCACCUGAGGGUUCAUGGCCGUGGCAGGUCAGUCUGCACAAGUCUGGACGUCAUUUUUGCGGAGGCUCCCUCAUCAACAAUGAAUGGGUGCUGACAGCAGCUCACUGCUUACCUGGUGUAAGUGCAUCCAGUCUGCGUGUGUAUUUGGGAAGGAGGACACAGGAGGGAGUCAAUACCCAUGAAAUCAGUAGAAAUGUGAGAACCAUAAUCGUUCACCCCUCUUAUGACAGCAACACAAACAACAAUGACAUCGCUCUGCUCCGGCUGUCCUCCACAGUCACAUUUAAUAACUAUAUUAGACCCGUGUGUCUGGCGGCCCAGAGCAGCGUCUUCAUUUCUGGCACCAGCAGCUGGAUCACAGGCUGGGGAGAUGUUCAAGCUGGAGAGAGUUUACCUUCUCCUGGGAUCCUGCAGGAGACUAUGGUUCCAGUGGUGGCUAAUGAUCGAUGUAAUACUCUUCUGGGUUCUGGAUCUGUUACCAGCAACAUGAUGUGUGCUGGUUUGACACAGGGAGGCAAAGACACCUGCCAGGGGGAUUCUGGAGGUCCAAUGGUGAGCAGGCAGUGCACAGUGUGGGUUCAGUCUGGCAUCACCAGCUGGGGUUAUGGCUGUGCUGAUCCCAACGCACCUGGUGUUUACACCCGUGUGUCUCGAUAUCAGAGUUGGAUCACCAACAGAAUUGGUCAGAACCUGCCAGGAUUUGUCACCUUCAACCCCCCGACUUCAUGCUCCUCUGCCAGCUUAACCUCAACCUCCUGUAGGGGGAGAUGCAAUGAGAAGUACAACAGUCGCUUUCGCUGCAACUGCAAUACUAACUGCAGUAUAAACUGCUGCAGAGAUUACAGACAGCGUUGUGCCAUGUGAGGUAUGUCAUACUUCCAUGGAUUAUAUAUGAUCACAGGCUUAUAAUCACGUCACUUGCAUCUAAAUUGAAUGAUCUUUAUCUGCUUGUUCGGAGAGAAGAUUUUUACUUGAGUGCCACUUUGGAUGCGUUGCACAGUCAGAAAUAAACACAGUCAAAGAGCUGCUGCACUGACUUAUACUCAGGGGUGUAAAUGCAUAUUGUUCGUGUUCAACAUAUGUUUAACAAUAGCACCAUUAGUAGAAUCCUUGUCUCUUUUGUUUUUCUCUCUCUAGUUCUAGCAUGUAAUUGUUUAGCAUUAAUUGUAGG